CCCGCCCAACGGCCGUGCGUACGUGCGUCGUCUCUAUGGUGGCGGCGGAUUCGGAGGGACCGAACGCACCCGGAGUCAGGAAUCUCCGCUGUCGUCUGUUUCCCGCGCGCCUGGUGAUUCGGGUGUCCCUCCCCAGGAUGUUCCGGCGAGAGCGCUCUAUUCCCCUUCGAGGCUCGGCCGCCGCCCUGUGCAACAACCUCAGUGUGCUGCAACUGCCGGCCCGCAACCUCACGCAUUUUGGAGUGGUUCAUGGACCGAGCGCCCAGCUUCUCAGCGCUGCCCCUGAGGGUGUGUCCUUGGCCCAGCGCCAACUCCACGCCAAGGAGGGCGCUGGAGUGAGCCCCCCACUUAUUACUCAGGUCCACUGGUGUGUCCUCCCCUUCCGAGUACUGCUGGUACUCACCUCACACCGAGGAAUACAGAUGUACGAGUCUGAUGGCUCUGUCAUGGUCUACUGGCACGCUCUGGACUCUGGAGAUGCUUCUCCAAUACAGGCUGUGUUUGCCCGAGGAAUUGCUGCCAGUGGCCACUACAUCUGUGUGGGAACAUGGUCAGGCCGGGUGCUGGUGUUUGACAUCCCAGCCAAGGGUCCCAACAUUGUACUGAGUGAGGAGCUGGCUGGGCACCAGACGCCAGUCACAGACAUUGCCACCGAGCCUGCCCAAGGACAGGAUUGUGUGGUUGACAUGGUGACGGCAGAUGACUCAGGCUUGUUGUGUGUCUGGCGGUCAGGGCCAGAAUUCAAAUUACUGACCCGCAUUCCAGGAUUCGGAGUCCCAUGCCCCUCUGUGCAGCUGUGGCAGGGGAUCAUAGCAGCAGGCUAUGGGAAUGGGCAAGUUCGUCUGUAUGAGGCUACUACAGGAACUCUACACGCCCAGAUCAACGCCCAUGCCCGGGCCAUCUGUGCCCUGGACCUAGCUCCUGAGAUGGGCAAGCUACUCUCCGCAGCUGAGGACACCUUUGUGCAUAUCUGGAAGCUGAGCAGAAGCCCAGAGAGUGGCUACAUUGAGGUGGAACACUGUCAUGGUGAGUGUGUGUUCGACACCCAGGUGUGUGGUGCUCGAUUCUGUGAUCCCUCAGGCAACUCCUUUGCUGUGACUGGCUACGACCUCGCUGAGAUCCUGCGAUUCAGCAGUGUGUGAGCGAAGAGCAGUUUCCUUUCUCCCUAUACUUUGUUAUAUUUAUAAAGUACCCCUUCUACCCAA